CCCCCCAUGUCGCAGGAUCAAGUCCCCAAGACGGAAAACCUGGCCACCCAACCCCCCGCUCCACCCCCAUCACCCCGUAAACACGCCUCCGCACCCGGGGUCUCUCACAGCCCGCCGUUCCCCAAGCUCCUGUCCCAAGUCCAAGCCACCCCUGCAGCAGGACAGCUGUAGCUAUCAGGAGGCAGGCGGCCAUCCCUGAGAACAUUCACAAGGAGCAUCCAUGGACUUCUGGAACUGGGAUGAAGCGUCUCCACAGGAAGUGCCCCCAGGGAACGGGCUGUCAGGGCUGGAAGGAGCUGAACUCGGCUUCUAUUUCCCCGAACUGGCGCUCCCCGGGGACACGCUAAUAGCGGAGACACGCUGGAAAGGUGGCUGUGGGCUGGGACUCCUGGGAGCUGAGGCAGGGCUCCCACAGCCGGACUGGGGCUCCGCGUUACCGCACCCAGAAGCUCCAUGGGGGGCGGAGCCCGCCCCGCAGGCUCUUCGGUGGUCGGGAGACUGGACAGACUUGGCGUGCACGGGCUCGGACCCUUCGAGCGGCGUCUCCCAGGCCCUGGGCCCCGCCCCUCCCGGCCUGGGUCCCGCCCCCUUAGCUGGUGCUGCGGGGGCCGCGGACCAGAACUGUACCACCUCCGGGGGAGGGACCAACUCGUGGUCCCGCGCCCAGGCCGCCGCCAGCUCCUCCGCCAACUGGGACUGUUCUAUUGGCCUCGACGGCCCCACCUACUGGGGCAAGGGCCUCCGCGGGGAGCCGAGCGCGGACUCUACCAUUUCGUUGGGUGGGCCUGCGGGCUCAGACUAUACCACCUCCUGGGUCUCGGGGCUGCAAACGGACUGCAACACCUCUUCAAAGGGGUACCAGACUUCAGAUCUCACCACGUCCUCCGAACCAAGCCAGCAGUCGGGCGGCGUAACCGUGGCUUGUUACCCCAAAAAUAACCACCGAGGUCCCAUUCAGCUGUGGCAGUUCCUCCUGGAGCUGCUCCGAGACGGGGAGCGUAGCAACUGCAUCCGCUGGACUGGCAACAACCGCGAGUUCCAGCUGUGUGACCCCAGAGAGGUGGCGCGGCUGUGGGGUGAGCGCAAGAGGAAACCCGGCAUGAACUACGAGAAACUGAGCCGAGGCCUACGCUACUACUACCGCCGCGACAUAGUGCGCAAGAGCGGUGGGCGCAAGUACACGUACCGUUUCGGGGGCCGCGUGCCCGGCCUGGCCUGUCCGGACUGCGCGGGGGGUGGACCGGGAGGAGCGACCCAAUAAAAAAUCCCAUCAAACUA